UUGUGGGUCCUACGCCAGUGAUCACAAUGGGACGCGUUGGUGAGGUAGCGAGCUUGCUGGCGCUGGUCGCGCUGGUCGGCGCUAGCGUGGCGGACAACACCCUGGACGGCGGGGAGCGGGUGGUGCUAGUGGCGCCCGUUCUGGCGCCCCCGAGGGACUCCCGGACGCACAGCAACGACCGCGCGCGCCAGUUCCCCGUGCUAGUGCUUCUUGCGCAGCAGAAUGCGCCGAAAGGCCGGUCUGAGCCUUCUGCCAAAUCUUUGGGUGGACCACCCAAGCCGAUUUAUGUUCAGAAACUAGAAGACCAAAAAGCGUCAUCAGAACCCACAAGGACUCAAACUAACCGCCAAAAGCGGCACUUGCUGAAGAAAAUCCUCUUAGGCCAUGGCGGCGGCGGCUACGAGUAUGGAGGAGGUGGCUUCAGCAUUGGGGGAGGCUAUGGAGGCGGCGGCGGCUACGGAGGAGGGGGUGGUUACGGCGGCGGCUACGGCGGCGGCGGCGGUUACGGCGGCGGCGGUGGUUACGGAGGCGGCGGCGGUUACAACGGGGGUGGUGGUUACCAGGAGCCAUCCAAGACGAUAGUUGUGAAAGUCGUUCAUGAGAAUCACGAUCAUGGCGGCGGCCAUCACGGUCACCACGGCGGUGGCGGUUACCAAGGCGGCGGCGGCGGCGGUUACGGCGGCGGUGGCGGCUAUGGCGGCGGCGGCGGAUACGGAGGCGGUGGCGGUUAUGGAGGCGGCGGCGGUUACGGGGGCGGUAACGGCGGCGGCGGCGGUGGCGGCGGAGGCGGUGGCUAUGGUGGCGGAGGCGGCUACGGGGGCGACAGUCAAAUUGGACAUGGCUACGGCAACCAAGGGGGCUGCCCCGGCGGUUGCGGAGGAAAUGGCGGAGGUUACCAAAGCAGCGGGUCGACAGCCAGUGCCACCGCUACUGCCACUGCUACGGCUACUGCUCAUUCUAACUCUUAUGGCGGAGGGUACGGUAAAAAACGCUAAAUUUAGACAUAAAUGUCUGAACUGUCUAUCUAGACUCCAGUCGUCGAAAAUCGGCAUCACUUAGACAAUUGUACUUUGUGAAGUAAUCUGUGAUCGUGAGAGAAAAUGAGAACAUUUAAAAUGUGAAAAGCGAUAGCAGUAGAAAAAGUGAAUGUUAAUUUUAGUUAAGAACGAUGAUAAUUAUACUAAUGCCAGUUAAUUACGGAAAGUUUUCGAAAGUUGGAAAUUCAAUCAGAUAAUUUUUUUUUAAAUACAGGAAAUGCAGUAUGAUAACAUUCGCAGGAAUUCCUAUGCAGAACAUCAUAGGAUAAUUUUUAGAACAUCCAAAUGAAAAUUUUCUGAUUUCGGUAGCUUUCUUCUUUUUCUGUCAUGUAAAGUAUUAGUAUACCAGUCAAGAACAUGUGCAAUGAAUAAAGACUAUAAUUUGUA